UUGUUGUACCUUUGUUGGAGGAAGUACGGGCAAAGAUGAUGGUAGAACUUUCAAGAGUGCGCGAUGCUGCCCGAAUGCCAAUCGUCAUUGCCUCUUAUGACGGAAAGGCAUCAUCGCCAUUCUUUGAGGUGGAAUUUGACGAGGAUCAAUUCCGAAGUGUAGAAUCACAACAGAAGACCAGGUUCAAGCCAACUGAUCUGAUUCUGUUGUCAAGUGUCAAUGUUACAGAAGUCAGAGAGCUCGAUUCGAUCUGUGAGAACGGAAGCAGCCUUUUUGCUGCAUUCGCAGUAUUGUACAGGUGUCCCAGCAAGGAAGACCCAAGCAGACCCUAUGCAGUUUUCACACGACGCGAUCCGUCAGGAGCGCUGUGUGGACACGAGUGUGGGAUGAAGAGGCAAGGUGACGAGUGGUGGGCUAUAAGUCUUGACUGCAUAGCCACGGCUGUGAGAGCUUUUAAUGCGUUGACCAAGGGUGUUGCUCCAGCCAAGGCGUUGGUUGAUGUCCUGCUCUCCUCCAGAGGGCUGCGGAUGGAUUCUAUGGUCCCUGAGGAAGAAGGAGGGAGUGGUGGUUCAGUUGCGUCGUGGUACACAGAGUCGCAUUCGAGAUUCUUGUCGUCAUUAGCAGGAUGACCGCCAGGAACGGGGAAGACAAAGACUGUGACGACGAUGCUUCAGGGUCUCUGUGCUAUCAACGAGCGAGUGCUUGUAUGUGCACCUACGAAUGUAGCCAUCUCUGAGCUCUGUGACAGGCUUGUCCGUACUGUAGAGGUUACAGAGAAUCAGGGUGAGGGACUGGCCCUCAGAGAUAUUGUCCUUGUUGGGAACGAGGAGCGGCUAGAUGUUGACCCAAAGGGGCUUGUUUCGAAAACUUUCUUGCCUCGUAGGAAGGAGAGGAUAAUGAUGGCGAUGUCGACCAAGAAAGGCUCCAUGUCAUGGGCUCAUGACCGUUUGAGGAAUCUGGUGCAUUCCCCAGAGAAGGAAUACGAGAGACACCUGAACGGUGCAGCAGACACGGAAACGGGUGAUGAUGGUGGCAGCAGCAGACAUGACGAGUUGGAAGGCAAAGUCAGCAAUGACAGCUGCAAGAAACAAGGGAUGGACAAUGUCAGACAGGGGCAUGAUGCUGAACAGAAUGGGGGAAACACCCCUUCGUUGGCAGAGUUCUUUGUUGAGGCCAUCAGAGAAGCACUAGACAGUAUUGCUGGAGGUUUGGAAGCCAUGCUAGAGCUGCCGUCGGUGGUGCUGCCCACAAACAAGCGUUUUGAGAUAUUGGCGUUAAGAGAGGAAGUGAAGCAAUUCAUGUUGGAGCAUUAUCCAACCUUUGGGAUAGCAACAGAGAUAGCAGAGGCAGGCUCGGACACUGCCUCGGUGUCAGGAGGAAUCCUGUCCUCUGUGAAAGGUGUUGAUCAUUCUGUGAACGGUGGCCAGUCCAUGGUCGAGUACCUCUCACGUCGAGCUCAGCAGGUGGUGCUAGUGGGUAUGGAUAAGUUGAAUGAGUUGGUGAUGAUGCUUCGGCGUUGGUUGUUUCAGAUUGGAGUCAAUCAACAUGCCAAUGUCCAGAAUCAUAACAAUGACGAUUCUCAAAGUGAGAGGUUUGUUGAGCAUUGCAUUUUGGAGCAUGCAAAGGUCAUCCUCUGUACCGUCAGUACUGCUGGACGUCAGGCUGUGAUGCGAUACGCUGAGGGGAUCCAGACGGUUCUUAUUGAUGAAGCUGCGCAGCUCGCAGAGGCGGAGACAUCGAUCGUCCUACUCAGUCCUUUUCGCAACCAUGUUAUCCUCGUCGGCGAUCCACACCAGCUUCCCUGCCUUGUGUCAUCGAAGCUAUCUGAAAGCUGCAGUUAUGUGCGGAGUCUGUUCGCGAGAUUGGAGGAGAAUGGUCACCCGAAAAAGCUCCUCGACACCCAGUACAGAAUGCACCCCCAGAUCAGCUCCUUCCCAAGAGAGGAGUUCUAUGGAGGAGAGGUGCAAGAUGGACCGAAUGUGGUUGCAAAGCAUCCAUGGAACUCACAGUGCUACCAGAGGGACAUGUAUGGGCCUUACGUGUUCGUUGACAUCAAGGAAGGACAAGAAACAGCUGAUGAGAAGGACAGUAAGUACAAUGUGCUGGAGAUAGAGGCUGCGGUUCGUAUCGUGAAGAAACUGGCCAACCUUUGGUUGCGCAAUGCACAGACAUCAGGUCUUCUUGACAUAGGGGUCAUAACACCGUACAAGGCACAGAUGGAAAAACUUGCUGUAGCAUUGGAGAGAUCGGGAUUGAACUCGAAGUUCGUAAAGCUGAAAGGGAAAGGAUGCAGAGUUGAGAUUGAGGUGAAGACUGUCGAUGGAUUUCAGGGUAGGGAAAAAGGUGUAAUUCUGUUUUCUGCUGUCAGGGCAAACCGGCAUGGCGAAAUCGGUUUCCUGAAUGACAGACGCCGCCUCAACGUUGCCAUGACAAGAGGGAAGUAUGCUGUUUGGGUGAUUGGUAAUGCUCGCACACUUGCAUCAAAAACAGGGGUGUGGCGAAAUUUGGUCGAAGACGCAAGGAGAAGGGGGUGUUAUAUGGACGCGUUUGAUGACGUAGACCUGAAGAAAAGCAUCGUCCAAGCAAAGAUGAAGGAAGACCGGCUAAUGGACCUCCUGAACCCUGAUGCAUCACUCCUUCAGAAUGCAGUGUGGGAGGUGGUUAUUAGCAGGGAUUUUAAAGAGAUGAUGACAAGGCAAAAGAAAGUUGAACAGCGUACGAAGUUGUGUGCGUUGGAUUUCAUUGUGAGGCUUGCAAAUGGAGUACGACCGAAAAGGCUUACCACGAGCGUCUCCCGUUCGUUUCCUCGCUUGCUCCGUUCACAUCCCAUUGGCGACUACUGCUUACUGUGGUCCACUGAUGUCAAGCAUGCCGUCAACAGAUUUCGGCAAGUGAUCAAAGUCUGGCACUUCGUUCACCGGAAAAUGUUUCCCAAGGCCGUGAGUCAUAUUGAGUCCGCUCUACGUCUGUGCACAAAGGAGUACAUUGAUAGGUGUUUGGAGGUCCGAAAACAUCGGGAUGCAGAUCCUGCCUUACCCGUGGAUUGGCCACCAGAUGCAAAUUUCAAGUGGUACAAAAGCGCGGAUAAGGACACUUGCGCAUCUGAACCUGGUUGGGUUAAGGACCACAAGGGUCCAGAUAUUUUGGAUGACUAUGUGUUAUCCAUGAAGUUCUAUGCGCUGAGCAGUGGAGUCAUCCGUCGACUGCUGACCACUGAGGACGGCUCUGAUCUUGAGCUUCCGUUUGCCAUCAGCGAACAACAGGAGAGGGUUGCGUCUGCAAUGGAAAGUGUGUUUAUAAUCGGUAGAAGUGGAACGGGGAAGACAACGGUUAUUGCUAUCCGGCUAAUACGGAUGGAACAAAUAUGUGCAGAAGUCAGUGGAAGCAAAUGGAUUACACAGGGGGAUUCUUCUGUCCCGGAGGGGCAUGACUUGGAAUCCAAACGCAAACUGAAGGUUUCCAUUUCCAGAGGGAGAAUUCCAUCUGAAGACAAUACCUUUUUGAGGCAGAUGAUCAUCACAGCUAGCCCGAAGCUGUGUGCUGCCAUACGGAGGUAUGUAACAGAGCUGAGGAGAUCAUUGGGCUUGACAGAAAGUGAUACGAUCCCUGCGAAUGGAGCCAGAGGAAGUGACUUCGAGGCCAAAGAAGACCAGAGUCAUGACAGACUGCUGGACACCGAAGAAGAGAGAUCAUUGAUGGGCGAUGUUCCUGACACCUUCAUUGGCUUGAAGCAGAACGUCUUUCCUCUUGUUAUAACUUUCAGAAAGUUUGUUUCGAUGUUGGAUGGAAGCAUAUCACGAUCAUUCUUUGACUCUGGCAACAGGCUUGCAGAAAAAGGCUCAUCUGUGAAAAAAAAUGGUGGUGGUGAGUGGACAGAAGGAUGUAAGACAUCAUCAUUCUGGGAAAGGGAUAAUAGUGAGCAGGAGAAGUAUGGUGGUGACGAUGAUGAUGAUGAUGAUGAUGAUGAUGAUGAUGAUGAUGAUGAUGAUGAUGGUGACGACGACGAUGAUGAUCAUGAUGACGACAACGACGUUGAUGAUGAUGGUAAUGAUUUGUCAGAGUGUGGUGACUGUGAAGACCAUCCUGGUGCUGGAAGACAAAAGAAACAUUUAGAAUCAGGAUGUGGGAGGUUCGCUAGAGGGUCCCGACACCAUUCUCGCAGGUGUGGCGAUCGUUAUAGACUGAAUACUGAGGUGGACUUUGUACGCUUUCGAGAGGUAUACUGGCCUCAUAUUGAAUUCAAACUUUCCAGGCAGUUCGAUUCAUCUGUGCUGUUCACAGAGAUCAUGUCGACAAUCAAAGGCAGUCUGUCGGCGAUGCAAGCAGAGAAAGGCAGAUUGUCAGCGGACAUGUAUCUAGAACUGGCCUGCAAGAGGGGAUCUAGGUUUGACAGGCAACAAAGAAGGUCUCUGUACACAGGCUUUGAACUUUAUGAAAGCAUGAAGCAGCAAUUCAAUGACUAUGACCUUGCAGAUCUUGUGAGACAUGUGUACAUUCAUCUGAAGGGAGGCGGAUAUAGUGGUGUAAACAUGGAUUAUGUCUAUGUGGAUGAGGUGCAAGACUUCACUGAAGCACAGAUAGCGUUGUUGAAGUUUGUGUGCCGGCAUCCUGAGUCAGGGUUUGUAAUGGCCGGCGAUACAGCACAAACAAUAUCACAGGGUGUGAGUUUCCGCUUCGCCGGUCUGAAAGACUUGUUUUACCAUAUCUUCAUGAAAAAGGAGUCUGCAGAGGAGCAGAUGCUCAAGGAGGGAAACCAUGAUUCUUCUCUACAUUCUGCAGCACCAUUGAAUCGCAAUGCAGAUGGAAUGAAUGUCUUGGCGGCCGGAUGUGCGGGAGAUGAUUUCUCAAGCAGCGGAGUUAUGGAAGCACCGGCGGACGGCGGUGCGGAGAAAGCAAUUAGCGCUCGUAAGGCUGCACUGAAGAAAAUUUUUGUGCCGGAACUGGUCCAGCUGACGAUCAAUUACCGCACUCAUGGGGAAGUUGUGAAGAUGGCCAACAGCAUUGUAAAAAUGAUUGUCCACUUUUUCCCGUAUGCCAUCGACAAGCUGGAGGAGGAGACAUCGCCUGUGGCAGGACCUCCUCCCAUAUUCUUGAAGACCGACAAGGGAUCGGAUUGGGUGGCACAGUUGUUUGGCAGGGGUUCGACGACAGUGAAUGCUUGUGAAUUUGGUGCAGAGCAGGUUAUUCUUGUCAGAAGCCUUCAAGAGAAGGAGCAGCUGUUGAAGAGGGUAGGCAAUGGUGCCCUAGUUCUCACAAUACAGGAAUCCAAGGGUCUGGAAUUCCAGGAUGUCCUGAUUGUGAAUUUCUUUUCCAACAGCUUGUUUCAAAGGUGGAGGCUAAUUUAUCGCUUUAUGACAGAGACCCAAAUCUCACCUCUUGGAGGGGCUGAACAGAAUGAUAGGCAAUUUGCAUGCCCAGAGUUCAAUGAAAACCAUCACUAUGCACUGUGUGCGGAGUUAAAAAUGCUGUACGUUGCGGUAACAAGAACACGCCAUCGGCUGCUCUUCUUUGAACAGCGAGACGAUGAGGCCAGUCCUAUGCUUGCCUAUUGGACUGCGAUUGGGGCAAUCACAGCGAAGGCACUAGAUAACGAUCUGGUAAAUGCGCUCAUGCAGAAGAACACGCCCGAGCAAUGGAUUAAGAAGGGAAAGGAGUUUUUCCGCGCAGGGAUGUACGAUUAUGCAGAAAGUUGCUUCGAAAGAGCAGGAGAUCGAAAGAGCACUAUUUUGGCUCGAGCUACGAGGCUGGAGAAGGAAGCUGAGGUUCUUCUUCAGGCUGAGGAUUGCAACAAUUACGCAUCAGGUCCAAAAACUGCCAGAGGUGCAGCGCAUGCAAAGGGAAGCACUUCAGUCAGUGUUUUUACCGAAGCAGCGAAUUGGUAUAAGGAGCUGCAAAAUUGGAAGUGUGCAGCUGAAUGCUUACGGCAGGCAAAGAAGUUUAAAGAAGCGGGAAAGAUAUUCCGCGACAAGUGCGUCCCCCCAGAACAUGAGCGAGCAGCAAAUUGCUUUGUGGAAGGAGGGCAGUGGGAGGAUGCAGCUGAUUGUUACUCCGAUACCACACUUUGGAAAAUCAAGGAGGCAUUGCACUGCUGCCUGAAGGGCCGGCUAUUUGACAAAGGCCUCUGUUUGCUGGAAAGUUUUGAGAACCAACAAGAUGAUCAGGUGACUUGUCACAGCAGUGAUGGUGAAUCCUCUGCGGCAGGAUCAGCAAAUAUCCAGAAAGAGAAGAUGAAGUAUUUGACAAGGUGUGCGGUGCGCUUCCACCGGACGAAAGAUACAAAGCAAAUGAUGAAGUACAUUCUCAGGUUCCCCUCCCUUUCUGACCGGAUAAGGUUUUUGGAGAGGCGUUCCUACUUUGACGAGAUUUUGAACGUGCACUGCGAAGCUGGGAAUUCUGCCAAAGCUGCAGAAAUUGCCAUGAAAGUGGGCGAUGUCGCGAAAGCAGCAGAUUUUUAUGAGCGUGGCCGAAUGUUCACUGAAGCGUCUUCUGUUCUGGUCAAACACGCUCUAAUUAGCAUCCUAUGGCUCGGAUCGUCCGAAGAGAGAGAAUGCUGUGGCGAUCGCUUCGCAGAAGAAGAGAAAGCACUUAGAAGAGCCCACGAACUCCUCAAUCGCAGUCAGUGUUCCUCAGAUAUGGCUCAUGAAGGCCUGCCCCAGCUGCUCCGGCACGAAAUUGACUUGCUCCAAUCUAUGAUUUCUCCUGCCAGUGAUAGGAAGAAGGGGAGCGGCAUCGAGAAUGUGCUGGAAAGGGCGCUAGCUGCUAUGCAUUCAGUUGACUCACCAGACAUCAAGCUAUUAGCUGGUGAACAUGUCAUGCGGUCAUUGAUGAUGCCUCUGGUAAACAUACCUUCUAAUGCCAUGCUUGGUCUGAGAGGUCAGAUUGCUGACUUUGGCAAUGAGAAGGCAUUAUCAGCCUCUCCAAGGGAUGAUUUCGAUGCGCUGAUUGGCAGAUGCAUUGACAGAUUGCAAUCCCUGAAAGAGAUAUGGGAUCAAUGGAUACAAAUUGUGAACAGCGCGAUCAAGGCCUUAGGUCGUUUGAGCAAUCAUAAUGAGACCGUCGACGACGAGAGGUAUCUGAAAGCAUGCGAGAAUCACCUUUGUGCAUUGAGGGAGGCUGCAUCUCUAUGGUGUCAAGUGGAGAACGCUAAGUCCUCAUGGUUGCCGCCGUCGUUUCAAAAAGAAAUUCAUAACCUUGAAAAUCAGGGAAGUAGAGCAAGACUCAGAGUUCCGGUCUUUGCUCAGGCGGCAAUCGAGCACUGGACGACAAAGGCGCUGUGGUUCGCAGAUGCCUGCCUUGUUGAGCUAGUCUGUUUUCUUGAUGGAUUGGAAAGAUUGAAUUUGGAAGAUGGACUGCAUCAGUGGGUUCGUUGCUUCUCGAAGUCCAAGGUUGAGGCUUUGGGGGCUAUCGUCAAGAUUUUGGCAGACGUGGAGAGCUGCCUGGGAGGGGAACAGGAGAGGAUUAAUGUGACAACAACUCUCGAUGCUGCUAAACAGCUGAAGUUGCACUUCUUAGGACCCUCGGCAGAUUACGAGCUUUUGCGCAGAAGUGCAAAGCAGAACCUUCUGACGGUAAUCGCGCCCACAUUUCCGAUGUUGGAAGACUCGGGCCUCUUGCAGUGCCUUUCCAGAAACGAGAGGGAACUUGUUGAACAAGUUCUACGUGAAGCUGUUGAGCGCGAGAUGCAGAAUCUGAGCGCUGGCAUUGGAGACCGUCGCAACAACUCGAUCCCAGAUUCUUGUCUUAAGCCAGUUGCGAGACUUGGGGAAUUAUUACCUGUGGUUGAGAAGGACUUUCUUCUAAAAGUACGGUUAUACAUCCCAGAUCAAAAGCGACUUGAUCGUGAAGGCCAUGGAAGUAACCGCGGGACGUGGAAAGAAUUAUUAACAAGGGACAUCUGCACAGAUCUGGUGAAUGUCCUUCACUGGGAAGCUGCCAGUGAUGGGGAAAAAAACUAUACUCCUCCUAUUGCCUUUGUUGCCUUGAUAGGACUACACAUUUAUGUUGCCUUGAUAGGACUACACAUUUAUGAAAAGGAUUGGAAGACUCUAAGCAAGAUGAUUGUUCCAUCAUCAUUUGUGGCUCUUCUUGAGCGGUCGGUAGUAGCUGCAUGUGCGUGCUGCUCUUUGCUACAUAACAUGUUUGUUCCGUCCACCUUGGCCCGCAUCAUCGUAUGCUCAGUAUCUGACCACAAGAGUGACCUGUUCACAAGGUUGUUGACGUGGCAGCACGGUAGCCGCAACAAGAUUCGCGAUGACAUUUGGAUGCAACUCCUCUGUGUCCCCGACAUGAUUGCUCGCAUCAUCACGAGCCCGUGGCUGGGCACCACCGGAGAUUCAAUAGAUAAUACUUGUAUUGGCUUCGAAGGGGCGAUGAGUGCCACAGGCAGUAGUGCCUGGAAGAUGCAGACCGAACGGGUGGAGAGGUCACGGCUCCGAGUGCGCUUGAUGAAAGUCUGGUUCUUCGUGGGGUUUUCUCUACUUACCUGUAAGAUGAAAUCCUCUGCUGAUGUUCCGUUUAUUAUAAAACGGACAGCAGGUGUCAUUCUGAAUGCAAAAAGCAGAUUUCCGCAUGGGAUCUUGCCGCCAACUCUGGAGCGAGGUUUGGAGAAAAUCAGAUGUUGCCACACGGCCGCAGAUCUGCGAGCAACUCUUGCAUGUACCAUGGAUGAAAUUGCGGAUCCGUUCAUCGUGCUUUGGCGCGAUCAAAGUUUCGAAUUACCCAAACAAUGGAUGGACUGUGUGAAGGGGGAUCUCAAGUUGCAGACCGAAUCAGUCGAUGGAGACCCCCGUGCAAGAAGGUACUCACUAGAGUGGAGUUUGCUCCUGAAGGCUGCAGGAAUUGUCCUUCCUAAGAACGUAAGGAGCGAGACCGUUGCGGAAAACAGAGGAGCUGAACAAGCCAAUGAGGCCAAUCGAAGAAUAAGUGGCGCAGCUUCGUCUGGUGAGGCCCUCGAUCAUAUUCAGGAGGGCAAGGAAUCCAUGGCGGGCGUUCCGGUCGCUGCCCUUGAUGAGUGUGUGGAUACGACAGCUUCAGGACAAGACAAUGACAAUCAGGCUGGCGAUGAUGAGGAUUUGGGUUCUGAAAGUGAGGGCGAUGAGGCAGAUCAUGACCUCAAGACACCUGUCCUGAACGAUUUGAAGCCACGAAAGGACGUACUUCCACAGUGGAUGAAAGAGCGGCUCCAAUUCCUUUGGCAACAAGCGCGAAAACGUCUCGAGGAGGAUAUCACCAAAAGAGAGGCAAGGAGGCUCUUCAGAAGAAAGAAGAUCAGUCAGGCGUACUCUAAUCUUUUCCUGGAGAAGGUGUGGCCGUUAAAGGAAAAGUUGCAGCAAACCUGUGGUCUGCUUUCGGAUGUAAUCGACGAUCUUAAGGAUUACGAGUCGAACAGCGAUGACGACUGGGAAGAAAGAGGUGACGUCUUGGUGGACGACGCGUCCGACAUUUACGAGAAGCUUCUGGAAGCCCUGAAGGGAAUGAACCCUUCGCAUCCAGGACAUGAAAAAGCCGAUCUGGACUGGCUGUAUGACGCCACCAAAAAUGCAAAGGACAUUCUUGGCGAGGCGGAGGAAGCAAUGGGGACAAGGAUGGAAAGGAAAUUGAAAGAGAACAAGGUCAAUCGCGCAAAUCGUAAAAAAGGGGGAAGAAACGACGAUCGCAGCACGGUCGGCGGUGCAGAGAUGCUAGAGAACAAUCAGAAGAACAGAGGUAAAAAGCAGCAAUCAGCAAACAGAGGAAAGAAGAAUAAGAAAAGGUGAUGAAACAUGGCCACUUGGGGCCCCUCCC